AUGCCGAGGGGAGUCAUUCUCCGCUGGCACGAGGAUAAAGGCUUUGGCUUCAUUCGACCCAACGAGGGGGGAGAGAAUGUCUUCUGCCACGUCACAUCCUUAUUAGACGGAGAUGGCAGCGUCAGAGAUGGCGAUGAGGUGAUCUACGAAGUGGAGUGGGACGAUCGCAAGGGCAAAGAACGCGCACGCGAGGUUGAAGCCGUGGGCGGUGGCCGCCGCAAGCGCCGAGGGUCCCGUAGCCGCAGCCGCAGCCCGCGCAGCCGCAGCCGACGACGUUCGCCGCCUCCCCGCCGUGGCGGAGGAGGAGGCGGAGGCGGUGGCGGAGAGCAGGAGAGACGCCCAGGUGACUGGGACUGCCCCAACUGCGGCGCCAUGGUCUUUGGAUCCAAGGAUAGAUGCUUCAAGUGCGGCGAGCCACGGCCUUCGAUGAAGCGAAACGACAGCCGCGACCGCCGUGGCCGAAGCAACAGCAGGUGA